UUCCCUAUUAUCUCUCACUCUCACCAAAUCAUGGCAUUCUCUAGUGCUUUGGUUUUGGGCUCAUUGCUAGCAAUCAACAUGGGCCUGCCAACCCUUGCAAUCGACUACACUGUGGGAGAUACUUCAGGUUGGGCAAUUGGUGCUGAUUAUAGCACAUGGACUGGUGACAAGACCUUUGCAGUGGGUGAUAGUCUUGUGUUCAAGUAUGGAGGAGGAGGAGGGCACACAGUGGAUGAGGUUAAAGAGAGCGAGUACAAGUCGUGCACAGCAGGGAAUUCGAUUAGCACAGACAGUAGUGGUGAGACCACAAUUACUCUUAAAACCGCAGGCACUCAUUACUUCAUAUGUUCUGUUCCUGGACAUUGUUCUGGCGGCAUGAAACUUGUCGUCACUGUCAAAUCAGGAAAAGCCACUGAUUCUUCUUCAACUUCAACUGGGAAGGCUUCACCUUCUGAUGUCACACCCAACACCACUAAAUCAAACUCGUCUUCAGCGAGUGGUGUCUCACCAAUUGUUGCUAUGUUUAUUGUUUCGUGGAUCUCUUACAAUGUUUUGUAUGGUAUAAGUUUCCCCCACUCAGCCAGGACAGAGGUAGUGCUCUCACCGUUUCUUAAUUUCCUUAUAAUAAUAAUAAUUACGAUUAUUAUUACUAUUGUCACUCUGUUUUCUGGUUUGAUUUAUUCAGAUUUAUCUAUGAGUACUAAUUAAUCCAGGUCUCUUGUAGUAGUAGUAGUUAUCUAGGAAAUCUCCCAUGUUUGUCUUUC